AUGAACCUCCCAAAUGGGACCAAUGAGAAAGGGAAAGACACAAAAUCGAAAUUAGUCGCGCUGAAGGAGGAGGAACCUCCUCAACAGAGCCAAUUUCUCAGCCAGAGAGACAUCGAUAAAAAAGGGAAAGCCUCCCCGGCAGACAGACCAAUCAAGCCAAUCCCAUCAAUGCAGUAUGAUGGAGACACACCACCCAGGUGUUAUCCCCACAGUGGGCCCCCUCCCAUGAACGGGAAGAGAAAACACCACAAUCCUAAUAUGGACGAAAAUUUCAACUGCAUCAACGGAGUUACGAAUGAAGACGCCGUCGAGGAACAUUUGAAGAGAAGGGUACUGCCCAAGGGGAGGGAAGUCCCUGCCAUCGGGGAAGUCGCCUCGAUGGGGGGAGUCCCCCCCCUUUGGCACCGUACCUGGUCCUCAUCGAUAACCCUAGACAAGACAAGAGAGGACAACCCAAAAGGGGACAACCCGGCCUGGAAAAACUCGCAAGAAAAAAAAAAAAAAAAGAGUGGCGCUCCAUCAAAAAAAAAAAAAAAAAAAAAAAAUACAUCCCUAUUGGAAAAAUUCAAACAACAAGAAUUGAAUUCAAAACAACGUUCAUGGACCCCCAUCGGAUUGAUCGUAGCAUACACGAGUAUCUCCGUCACUUUUAUCAUCUUGGGUUUGCUGUUCAUUGCCUUGUCUACCACGAGAAAGGAGUGCAGAGUUCCCUACGGGGAGCAGGACACAGACACGGAAGCCAUACAGUUAGAAGUCACCGAAGCCUUCUGCCAUGGACCCGAAAGGCCAUUCCACAAACACGCCUACGUCUACUACGAGCUGCACAAUUUUUACCAAAACCAUAAGAAGUACCUCAUUUCGAAAUCGCACAGUCAGUUGAUGGGCACCGUCUACACCCGGCCAGACCACCUCUCGCAGUGCUUCCCCAUCGCUCAGAACAGGGAAGGAAAGGUGCUGCACCCGUGCGGCCUCGUCGCACGCAGCGUCUUCAACGACACGUUUACCUUAUACAGAGACAAAACACACAACGAAGAGAUCGAGAUGGACGAAUCGAAAGAAGCAAUCACCUGGUACAGCGAUCUAAUUAGAUUUAAGAAUCCAUCGGAAGAAGAAAUGGAGGAGCAUAAAGAACAAGUGGACUUCUGGCUGAUGAAGGAAAAAUAUGUUAGUCUCCUCAAUAUGAACAAAAAAAACGGGUUCGGCGUAGAGAACUCUCAUUUCAUUGUCUGGAUGAAGACGGCAGCACUCUCCGAGUUUCGAAAAAGGUACGCCAGACUGAAUGAGGAGCUCGCUUUGCCAAUCUAUGUCAAGAUAAAAAACAAUUUCCCCGUGAAGGGAUUCCAUGGGAAGAAAUAUCUCGUCAUAGCAGAGGGCUCCGUCUUCGUAAACGAGAAGUCCAGAUCAUUCGGAGUGCUAUACGUCGUCAUCGGGGUUGUCUCCCUCUGCAUUGCCCUGUGCCUCGUGUACAACCAGUGGAAGCACCCUCGCGUCAUGGGCCACAUCUAG